AUGGCACCGAAAACCAGCGGAAAGGCCGCGAAGAAAUCCGGCAAGGCCCAGAAGAACAUUGUCAAGGGCGAUAAGAAGAAGAAGAAGCAGCGCGGAAGGAAAGCUACGCCAUCUACAUCUACAGGUGUUGAAGCAACGUAUUGCCGCGAAGCCUCCCGCCUGGCCCACUACAACAAGCGUUCGACGAUCACAUCCCGCGAAAUCCAAACCGCCGUCCGGCUUCUGCUCCCGGGAGAGUUGGCCAAGCACGCCGUUUCGGAAGGCACCAAGGCCGUCACCAAGUACACCAGCUCCAAGUAA